AUGACUUUGUCACUCGUCAAAUCUUUGAAACUUCAUGACCAGAAAGUCUGGUCAAUCGAUGUAUCGCGAGGCCUUUUAGCUACGAGCUCGUCAGAUCGAAAGAUCAAGCUCGUUAAUCUAAAGCAUCAAAAGUUCAAUGUCAUUGAAGAAUUGGACGAUUCGGCACAUAAAAAGACGGUAAGAAGCGUUGCCUGGCGUCCGCAUUCGCACAUUUUGGCUGCUGGAUCCUUUGAUUCGACGAUUUCGAUUUGGGGCAAGGAAGAAAAUGCUGAUUAUAUAGACGGGGAAUUGGACACUGAGCUUUUGGCAAUCAUCGAAGGUCAUGACAAUGAGGUCAAAUCUGUCGCUUGGUCUCACGAUGGGUUCUUUUUGGCCAGUUGCUCGCGUGAUAAAAGCGUGUGGAUUUGGGAAGCUGACGAAGCCGGUGAGGAGUUUGAAUGUAUAAGCGUUUUGCAAGAACAUUCUCAGGACGUUAAACACGUUGUAUGGCAUCCGUCUCAAGCGCUACUGGCUUCGAGCUCUUACGAUGACACGGUCAGAAUUUGGAGAGAACACGACGACGAUUGGGAAUGUGCAGCUGUGCUGGCUGGACACGAGGGAACAGUGUGGUGUUCUGACUUCGCCAAAUCAGAAGGUCCCAAUGUUAGAUUAUGCAGUGCAAGCGACGAUGGAACUGUCCGGAUAUGGCGCUAUGUAGAGGAAGAUCCCGACAACGAAUACGAACAGAUAUGGGAGUUCGAAGCAGUGCUUCCGGCGGUGCAUACCAGAUCGAUAUACAGUGUGAGUUGGGGCUCAGAUGGACGUAUAGCCAGUGUUGGGUCGGAUGGAAAAGUUGUGGUAUACAAGGAAGUCAGAAAGGGUAGUUGGGAAGUUCAAGAGGAGGUAUCUGAGUGUCACGGAGUUUACGAAGUCAAUGUGGUCAAGUGGGCAGAAAUUGACGGUAGAACUGUACUAGUGACAGGCGGCGAUGACGGUUGUACGAAUAUUUGGACCUGCAAUUAA